CGGAGCUGGAGGUUCCAGUCCCACACCAGCCGAGCAGUGUGAGCCACAGCAGAGAGAAGCAUGCUGCCGGAGCAGAGCUGAGCUUCCUAUUGGGAUAUCAUACUCAACACUGGGAACCAGGGUGGACCUUUGUCCAUUGGUCGUCAUGAACCUGAUCUCUAGCUCUACCCCUGCCCAGUUCCUUACCAACAGUUCUCCUGGUAUGAGAGACCAGUCUGUUACCAACAUAUUUGAGCCUGGCAUCCUGGGUGGCUCUUACCAGGAGUUGACCAUGUUAUCUGACAGUGUUGGUGAGUGGCAGCAUAAUGUCAGUCAUGGUGCGAUACAAGGAGGAAACUUCACCGAUUCUUCACUUAACAUGACAUUAGUACCGCCAGCAGAGAGCUUUGACCCUUUGGGAGGACAUACGAUCUUGCAGGUCAUCGUAAUUGUCUUCCUCACUGGAUCCCUUUCUCUUAUGACUGUGGUUGGCAACAUCCUAGUAAUGGUGUCAUUCAAGAUCAAUAAGGCACUGAAGACAGUGAACAACUACUACCUCCUGAGCCUGGCAUUUGCUGACCUGACCAUUGGCACACUAUCAAUGAACCUGUAUACCACCUACAUCAUUAUGGACCAGUGGGCUCUGGGGCCAGUGGUUUGUGACUUGUGGCUCGCAAUUGACUACGUGGCCAGUAACGCCUCAGUCAUGAACCUGCUCGUCAUCAGCUUUGACAGGUAUUUCUCUGUGACCAGACCUUUGACCUACCGGGCCAAGCGUACAACUAAGCGGGCAAUGACCAUGAUUUCAUUAGCCUGGUCCGUCUCUUUUAUUCUGUGGGCCCCAGCCAUCCUGUUCUGGCAGUACAUUGUGGGUGAACGGACAGUCCAGCCUAACGAGUGUUACAUCCAGUUCUUGUCUGAGCCGAUCAUUACGUUCUGCACUGCUAUUGCUGCAUUCUACUUGCCGGUGACUAUUAUGGCAUUCCUGUUUUGGAAGAUCUAUCAGGAGACAGAAAAGCGAGCUAAAGAUAUGCAAGGUCUCAAGGCGUCUGGGCCAAGCAACAAACAAGGCCAGGCUCAGAAUCAGGGGAGCGGCAGUGGAAGUGAAAGUGCAACUAACAGCCAGAAGAAGAACUCCUCAGCCAUGCUGCGCCAGAUGAGCUCCCAAAGCUCCAGCAGCUAUGAGUUAAAUCAGCUGGCUUCAGAGAAGAACAACAAGGACAAUGCCAGCGUAACAGGACGCGGAGGGAGAUGUGGCGCACUUUGCUUUCAGUUUAUUUCACUGUUGCCAGGUCGCCAUGCAUCCAAGAGGUCCAUCAACACCAAGGCAACUACAGAGGGUGGGGCAGAUCAGAGCAGCUGUGAUAGUAUCAACAACAAUGAAGUCGGUGUCGCAGGUGACCAGUCGGGUUCAGAGGAGGAAGCUGAUGGUGCACAACAAUCAGAUGGCAAGAAAUCUGGGAAGGUGAAGAUGAACAAGGACAAACAGUCAUCAUCAUCCAUCAAGAGUCAAAAUAAGUCCCAAUCAAACUCUGUCACCUCGUCGCCUUCUGACCAGUCACCUGCAGCCAUCACCAUGAAAGAUGCAGCCAUGGCCAAGCGCUUUGCCUCCAAGGCCAAGACAGAGAUCAAUAAGCGCAAGAAUGAAAAAAAGGCUAACGAGAAAAAAGCAGCACGGACACUCAGUGCUAUUCUGUUUGUCUUCAUUACGACAUGGCUUCCAUAUAACAUCAUGGUGUUGGUCAACACUUUCUGUCAGGACUGCAUCCCUGGGACUCUUUGGGCAUUGGGCUACUGGUUGUGUUAUGUGAACAGCACCAUCAACCCCAUGUGUUAUGCCCUCUGUAACAAGACUUUCCGUACAACAUUUAGGGAUAUUUUGAUGUGCAAGUGGGAUCAAAGGAAAAACAAGUCUCAUUUUCAACAAAAGAAUGCUGUUGCUUUCCGGAAGAAAGACCCAAUGUAAAGUAAUUGGCAAAUUAUUAGUUGGAUCUGUAUUUGAAUCAUUUCCAGAGCUGCAAAGCAGCAUACAGCCUCAUCUUGCAGGGAAAAGAUGCUGAAUUGAAUUUUGCUCAAUCAAACUUGUACUGGCCUUACAGAAAGUUUUGUCAAGUUAGCAGAGGGGUCUAGGGCUGGUUUGUUAGGGUUAGGUCUGUCCAUGAUACUGUAUCUCGACAGCUGCUGGUCAAAUUUGAAACGGAUAUUAAUGAUCCUCAGAGGAUCAUUCCUAAUAUAUUGGUGACCACCUGAUCUUUUAUUUAGUACAGCAUCACUUCAAAAAUAUUACACUGACCACAAACAAUUUCACAUCUCAAUAACAAAUCACUAGAUUUCAAAGUUGUGAAUAUUCAUGGUCCUCAGAGUAUGAACCAGAGGGCUUAUGGUGGCCCCCACCUUAUUUUUAGUAGGACAGUAAGACCAAAAGUAACAUUGGGUAUACAUCAAAUCUGAUAAUUUGUAGCAGCUAUCAAAUCUAUCAAAAUAUGAUUGACAGGUUCAAAAAUUUACUGAGCAUUUUCAUAAUCCCAGAGGAUAACACAUUUCCAUGUUAGGGCACUCGGAUGAUCUCAAUGCAAGUGUCAGCAUUAGGUCCAUGAUUUCACCACAUUUAAUCUUAAAAUUCAGCUUGAAAUGUGGAGGAUAAAAAUGUUCUAGACCUCGAGUUUACUGACUUGAGCCAUCCACAGGAUGGACUUGUAACCCUGGGCCUGUGCUGUUUAUUUUAACAGGGUUUUUAGCUUUGCGACAAUGAUGCAUUUAAUUCUUUCCCUGCUCUGCUGUGAACAAUGGAAUGAUAAUUUGGUGUGUUUUAGGAAGUGGAUUUCUUCUUCUUCCUCUUUUGGAUUAAGAGCUUUGUGGAAUUAUUUGUCAAAAUGAAAGCAGCCCGGCUUUUAUUUGUUUUUAAUACUGAUGUUACCGGGGCAAUUUAGAGCUCAUCUUACAUAUGUGUUUGGUUUUCAUUGUAGAUUUUAUGAUUUUAAAUAGUUUUAAAUUUCUGUAAAACUACAUCAAAGAGCACAGCUCAGUUUAUGCCAAAUGUUUUUCAAGAUUACUUAUAAAACAUGGACAGAACAUACGCAGAGAAUCAAUCAUUUGUGGUUUAUGGUUUAUUGCAUAUCAAAAUAUAGCCCUGAAAAAAAACAAUAACCAGGAUCUUAGCUAUAGCAUUGACUCAGUUGCCAGUUUAUUAGGUACACCUAACUAAUUAGUGGACACUAUUUUAAAGAUGUGUUGAUGCAUCUUUAUAGUUGUGUUGCAGGCAGUAGUUUAUGCUUCUGUGGAACUGCGAUGUGUUAUUCACCCAACCAGUACUGAUGUAAAUGGAGCUGAAUAGGUUGUAGUUAGGCUUACCAAAUAAACUGACUACUACUGUAAGUCAACAUGUCUAAAUACACUCUUAUCCACUCUCAUCAGUGUCGUUUAGUGAAGAGAGACACUGAAGAGCUGUGACCUCCAGUGUUUUGUCACUUGAUUAAAAUUCAGUUCAGAGGCUGUGGACAUUCGCUGAAAGAAAAUAAUAUUAAUAAACCUUAUUUAUUUAACACCUUUUAAAACAGAGUUUCAAUGUGCUUUACAGGAGUGAAAAUGGAAAAUUGAAGGCAAACAAUAAGAAACAAUUUAAAAACAAGAUAUGCAAAAAUAACACACCUAUAUAAGUGUGUCUUUAAAGUGAGAUUUAAAAAAGGAUAAAGUGUUGGCCAUAUAAAUAAAUUAAAUCAGUUAAAGAAUAUAAUAAUUUAUAGAAGACACCAGUAUCGCAAAUUAUUGUUGAUAACUUGGAUGAGUGAUUAUUAGUAUUUAUGAUUCACUGUAGUGGUGUUUGUAUGAAGCUGUUCAGAUGAUGAUGAAUGUAUUGUCAACUGACUGACUAGAUAACAGUGUGGCAAUGAGCCUUAUCCCAUUCAAUUGUAAUUGUUUAUUUGUGAAAAUACCAGAGAAUAGUGUGUCCAGUUUACACUUGGAAAACAAGCAAAGUGGAUGGCAUGUCAGACGGCUCAAUUACACUGUACACUGGGAGUGUUCAGUUCAACACCAGUGUGGGGGAAAAAAAUCAACAAAAGAACACUGAGUUGCCAGUGGAGAACAGAAAUACAUUUUGACACAUCUAAACUUGAGUAGUUUUUAUAUUUCACUGUAGGUUUCUAUCACGGGUAGAAGUGACACUAAGUGAAGAGUGAAGAUGCAGGUCAGUCACAGUAUCACCACAUUUUUAAACUGCAGAAAUAGCAAGUCAGGUUGCUCGUGUAGGAAUGAAAAGGUUUUGCAACACUGUCCAACUAUAAAUCACUUCUUCAUUUUCAUUCUGCAUUGAACUGUGGGAAUAGUAAAGAGUACAUUCAGAAAUUCAUACAAGCAAGAUUUAUUCUGGGAAAGUUGUGUUCUCUACCAAUCAGUUUUCCUGAAUGUUUGGUGUGUCUCCAUCCAUCCUAAAUGUUUUACUGAAGCUGUUUAAGUCACAGAUCAAUCCAGUUUUCAGUCUCCUCUUGCAAUACUAACCACAGAUGAAAUGAAGUCAGCUCUGUUUAGGUUUCUACUUGGAUGAUUAAACAAAUGAAAACACACAGCACUCACCAACAGGACCCAUGUGCCACACUACAGAGGACGUAGUUAUCUCUCAUCCUCCACAGCUGUUUUCACAAAUGACUAUAUGACAAUAGAGAGUUUCUGUGUGUUACACAGUGAAUACUUUGCACUUAAGUGUUUAUGUGUGCAGCUCAGCUCUGUCCAAAAAUGGUCAUUUUUGCAUUGUUGUUCACAUGUUAAUAAAAGCUGCGGAACAAUAAAUUGAAAUGAAUAACCUUUAA